AUGUAUCCAAGCGACUCAACAGACACAUGCGUCUCAUGUGAUGCUACAUGCAACGGAAAAUGCGAUCAAACAACAGGCAAGUGCAAUGGUUGUAUCAACAAUUACGUGUUUGAAGCAACAAAGAGUCAUGUAUGUGUUGCUUGUAAAUCGUUUGAUCAGAAUUGCAAGAUCUGUUCACCCGAUUACAACAGAAAAUGUGUUGAGUGUGAAAGUGGAUUCUAUCCAAAUCAAAGUGGCGUUUGUGUACAAUGUAACACAACCAUCACAAACUGUAAAUCGUGUAGUACAAGAGAAAACAAGUGCUUUUCAUGUCAAGACCCAUAUUACCUCUUCAACCAAACGUGUUUGAGUUGUUCUUCUGGAACUUAUAAUAACACCGAAACAUCAUGUGAAAAGUGUUUUAUUGGCAUCCCAAAUUGUCAAGUUUGUUCAACUAAAAAAGUUGGAAUUCCUGUUUGCACCACUUGUUAUUCGCCAUAUGCAUUGAUUCACAAACCAUUUUUGUGA